CAUGACAAAUCUCCCUCUCCAGUCAAAUCUCCCUCUCCUUCCCUUCUCCUUCCCUCCCUUUCCUUCCCUCCUCCUCUAAUGUCUUUCUCACUCCCUCUAUAAAUCCACACAAUUCAACCGAUCUCAAACUUGGCAGCCCCCAAAACUCGCACAAACCAACCUUGGCACACAACCGGCAACCCCAUCAAUGGAAAUGGAAGUUGUGAUGCCAGUGCCACCUGUGGACUUCAACUUCGAUAGCACAUGUUCUUCUCCUUACAUGACAGCUCCUUCAAGUCCUCAAAGAUUUGGAAACUUCUUCUUGAGUGCCCCAACAAGCCCCACUCGUACUUCUUCUUUCUACAGGGAGCUAAAUGAUAUUACUCUUUCUACAAAUUCAUCUUCUUCAAUGAUCCCUUUUGACUGGGAAGAGAAGCCUGGAACUCCCAAAUCCAAGAACCAAAGAGAAGACAACAGCAGGAAUGAUAGUGAUCACGAUGGUUUUCACGAAGAUUUUGAGUUCGAUUUUAGUGGUCAUUUAGAAAGAGCUUCUUUAUCGGCUGAAGAACUCUUUGAUGGUGGCAAGAUCAAGCCUUUGAAGCCACCACCUGGCUAUGAUUCCUCAGUUUCUUCUCCAAGGUCUCCAAGAUCACCAAUAUCAAGAACCACAAAGGGAUUUGAUCCCUUUCAAGCUGCCAUUGAAGAGACGCGUAAAAGAGAGGUUAAACUACAAGCUAAUCAACAAGGCCAACCACCCAAUCAACGUGGAAGAGGCAGAAGAAACGGUGGCUCUUCAUUUUCGGCUGGUUCUGUACGUAAAGGAAGCAGAUCUUUAUCUCCUUUAAGAGUUUCAGACAUCAUGUUUGACCAAGAAGAGAAUUCCCAGAAUUCAAAUUCUAUUGCUUCAAAAGCAAGCACCCCCAAAUCAUCUCACACAUCUUCUAUCUUAUCCGCGAUGUCAUUCACGUCGAAAAGGUACAAGAAAUGGAAGCUAAAGGACUUAUUGCUAUUCAGAAGCGCAUCAGAAGGUAGCAGAACAACAAGUUGCAAUCAUGAGCUAACAAGAUUUUCAGUUAUGUCCAAAAAAGAAGGGACAGAGGAUGUCAAGAAUUCUAGCUUUCGAUCCACGGAUAGUGUAGGGAGUGCCAGGAGGAGAUCAGGGCCUAUAUCAGCUCAUGAGGUGCAUUACACAGUGAACCGGGCUGUUUCAGAGGAAAUGAGAAGGAAAACGUUCUUGCCUUACAAGCAAGGUCUUUUGGGGUGCUUAGGAUUCAAUGCUGUUGCAAGUACGCAUGAGAUCGCUAGAGGUGUUGGUUCUUUGACACGUGGAUGAUUCAGAUCACCUCGAUCUUGUUUUGUGAUUUGAGUUUUAAUGAUUAGCAAAGUAUAUUUGCUAUUACAUAUAUAAUUAUAGUGUUAAUUACUUUGUGUCUGUAUCCAUGAAAUGGACACAAAUUGUAUGAAAAUACUGCAUAAUUGAUAAAAAGGCAUCUCCAGGAUUAUAAAUCGUGUAAAACUACUUGUGGUUGGUUGGGUCUGAGAUGUUGUUUAUCAAGUAAAAUAUUUAAAGAGAAAUGUAGUUUUUAUGCUUA